AUGGAAAGAACCGCCACCCCCUGUUGCAUUCAUCUGCCUCUAUCUAUCGUCGGAAUGCACCUCUCUUUUUAUGUCACCACCUUCGGAAAGAUUGUAAGGAAAAGCAUCGCUUUAAGGAAUUGGGGCCAAACCAAUAAUGCUGACCCUAAUGAUCUAACCGCCACUACCCUCUCAUGCUCUCCACCGCCCUUGACCGCCACGUAUGUAUUCCCAUCGACUUCUACCAAAUGCUCAGCGCGGAGUCUCACUUCCUCGGAGACGGAAUUAGAAUAUGUUAUGAAGCUAGUUGUGUUGGCAAUGGCACAGUCCUAUGUUGAAAUUUCAAGGGACACUAUGACAUUGUGUCCUCCAUAUUAUAUUAAGGGUUGUGAAUUGAUGGAGACGGUACUGAAGUUAUUACAGGAAGAAGGUACAAGCAGUCUUGCACCAGAUCUACAAGCACAAAUUGAUGAAGCUUUGGAAGAGAUAAACUUUCGUAAUGUCAUAAAGCUUCUGGCCUUACCUCUUGAUGGUGAACACAGAACAAGAAGAACAGAAGGACUUCAAGGUGUACACAAUAUCUAUGGGCAGUUAGAGGAGGUGGUGUCGCUGGCUGUUUUACACAUGAAGAUUUCAUGA